CCGCAAGAACAGAAGGAGCCCGCCAGCAAGAAACAAAGGUACUCGAACCCCGAAGCCAGUCUGAAGGCCCGACAGGAGUGUCAUCACGUCAAAUUCUUCUACGGCGCUUUUGUCAGAAACGAAGAAGCUCUUUAUGUGUUUAGCGAAAAACUGAAGCAUAAGAUUCGACAGGACGAUGUAAGGCCAGUUGGCCCGUUUGCAUCACCUCUACUGCCAGAGCCACCGCUGUUUCCGAUGGACUUGACCAUAUGCAACGAGACCUGCGCAAUCAAAGUUCAACAAUUUGGACGAACUCUCAAGAGCUUUAUCUCAGAAGGGACUGGUAAAUCUAUUGCCCGGCAUUGUUGGAAUAGCGUACAAAUGUCUUUGUCUCACCGAGAAAUCACUCUGUAUGAUUGCGGACCUGCAUGCGAAUAUCGGAUCCCUUCUCUGUGUCAAUGCUCAUUCACACUUGAGAUCUAUUCAAAGUAUAAGAAGUCCAUCACGGAUCUCAGGUCAGAAAUGACGACAGGCGAGGUACGUGGUGGUGGGCGAAAACCUCCAGACAGUCCUCUAGUCAAGUGCGAGUCGGGGCGUUUUUCGAAGGCAAUUAUCGAAAAUAUCGUGAUCGGCCAACACUGGCGCCUUUUGGGAGUCGAAGAAGUCAAAGACGUACCAUGUCGGAAGUCUUCUACUAGGCCUCCAUCUGACUUCAGGGUUCCUCCCGAAACGUGGUGUCGUUGUAACAAUUUGGACCGUAACAAGCAGCGACAGGAUUGCGACCAUGAAAAUGUAGAAUGUUGGAGGGAAUUUUGGGUAGGCCGCGAAAAAAGAGUGGAGCGAGUUUCUCCAGCGGAAGUGAUCUCUGCUGCUGCAAUCGCAAACGACGAAUUUGACCAGAAGUCUUGGCAGAGGAUGUUGCUAGGUUUGAACCUUAAUGAACUUGUCGAACGUGCGGCUUCGUCUGAAGAGAGGACUGAGGAAUUGCGUUGAUUGUUUCCAAAAGCUUUAGCUAAAUUGCCUGAUAUUGUCGACGUAGUGCGAGUUUCUUGAUCAGCUGCUGAGUAGCGACAUGUUUCCCGUGUCCACAGGUCAAUCAGAAUCCUUCGGCGUCGUAGCCGAAAAGGCUGAGUGCGUCGUACUGCAGUACACAUCAUCAUGUUCAUCGAACGCCUGAACGACUGUCCAGGGCAGUUGUAGUUCAUUGAUUAGUCAACGCAUCUCAAGGCAUGUGAAACGGGAAAUCAUCUUCCUCACGCAUUAUCGAGCAUCUCAAGCACCAGAUAUUCAACAGUCUGCCACCGUCGCGUACUUAAAUAGU